AUGGACCCUCAUAUCCAAAAGGCUCUGAAUGACAAGCUAUACGAUAAGAGAAAAGGAGGCGCGCUCGAGCUCGAAACCCUUGUUCGCGAUUCCCUUGCCCACAGUGACCACGAGAGAAUAGCAAAGAUCGUUCAUCAGCUAUGUCACGAAUAUGCAUACGCUGUGCAUCAACCACACGCUCGUAAUGGAGGUCUUAUCGGGCUGGCUGCGGCCUCGAUCGCGCUCGGAGCAGAGGUGGCACAAUACCUUGAAGAGAUAGUACCCCCAGUCCUGGCUUGCUUUUCCGAUCAAGAUGCCCGGGUGCGUUACUAUGCGUGCGAAGCUAUGUACAACAUUGCGAAAGUUGCUAAAGGAGAGAUCUUGGUCUAUUUCAAUGAGGUGUUUGAUGCUUUAUGCAAGCUUGCCGCAGACUCGGAGCUGUCAGUUAAGAACGGCGCAGAGCUUCUUGACCGUCUGAUAAAAGAUAUCGUCUCUGAAUCUGCCGCGUCAUACGUUUCCAUUCUACAAGAUCCGGAAGAUGUUGGCGACUCCGAAUCUGCCUUGGAAAGAAAAUCUCUUUCCAUAGAAAUGCCCACAGCGUUCUCGCUUUCACGCUUCAUCCCUUUACUUCAAGAGCGCAUAGUGGUCAUAAAUCCAUUCACGAGAACAUUCCUUGUCUCUUGGAUCACCUUGUUAGACUCUAUUCCAGAUUUGGAGCUAGUCUCGUACUUGCCUUCGUUUCUGCAGGGCCUCUUAAAAUUCUUGAGUGAUCCUAAUCAAGAUGUGCAUACGGCGACCCAGGUAGCCCUUGAAAGAUUUCUAGCAGAGAUCAAGAAAAUAGCGCGUAUCAAAAAAGGAAUUGCGGAAAGUAAGAGAAGCCAGGGAGAAGAGGGAAUGCGACGAUCGAAUUCAAGCGCGAAGAGCGACAGGAGUGGGCACAGUCGUCAUAGCUUACGAAGUGACGACGAUAUUGCCCAAGAUGGUCAUCUCGUUGAUGAGGAUGUUGAUGAUGACAGCCACUCUGUGUCUGGUGAAUCAGAAACUGCAACUGCAAACGACGAAAGAUCAGGAGAUGCGGAUGGAGACUGGGUACCAGGUCAGGACGUGCAGGUUGACCACCCAAAGAUCAUCGAUAUCAUGGCAACUUUCCUGAGAGAAUCAUCUGGUAUGAUAUACGAAGAAAUCCAGCUGACCACGCUACGAUGGAUCGACAGUUUCUUCGAGAUAUGUCCCGAGGACAUACUGCCAUUUGUACCUCGUCUGCUCUCACAAGUAUUACCAGCGAUGUCAAGCGAUGUCGAACAAGUUCGUGCAGCUGCACAUAGGGUCAACUCUUCGUUGAUGGGAUACAUCAUGUCUUUGUCUAUCGACGAGAAACGAGGAACAAGUGUCGAGCGCGCGACCACGGGCAGAAAAACUCCUGCUGAUGGUCAACCACCUAGCCCGCCCCAGGAACCCGCUAUACCAGCUCAUCCUGUCUCAGAUCUUGACUACGAAGCAGCAGUCAACUCGCUCACACUCCAGUUCUUGAACGAGCACGAAGCAACUCGCGUUGCGGCCUUACAGUGGCUGAUUAUGUUGCAUCGUAAAGCCCCGCGCAAGAUCCUUGCGAUUGAUGAUGGCACAUUUCCAGCACUACUCAAGACUCUGUCAGAUCCAGCCGAAGCUGUGGUCACUCGAGAUCUGCAGCUCCUAUCUCAGAUCUCCAAAAACAGCGACGAUUCAUAUUUUACAUCGUUCAUGGUGAACUUGUUGAAGCUUUUCUGUACCGAUAGAAGGCUUUUGGAAACACGUGGGAACCUCAUCAUUCGGCAGCUUUGCGUCAGUUUGAGUCCCGAACGGAUAUAUAGGACGCUGGCCGACUGCCUGGAGAAAGACGAAGAUGUCGAGUUCGCUAGUAUUAUGGUGCAAAAUCUGAACAAUAAUUUGAUAACUGCCCCGGAGUUAGCAGAUCUGCGGAAGCGACUACGAAAUCUAGAGACGAAGGAUGGCCAUACCUUUUUUGUGGCACUUUUUCGGUCGUGGUGCCACAAUGCAGUCGCGACAUUCUCACUGUGCCUCCUUGCACAAGCAUAUGAACAAGCGUACAAUUUGCUUCAGAUAUUUGGAGAGCUCGAGAUGACGGUGAACAUGCUCAUUCAGAUUGACAAGCUAGUUCAGCUACUGGAAUCACCAGUAUUUACAUACUUACGAUUGCAGCUUCUGGAACCCGAGAAGUACCCAUAUUUGUACAAAUGUCUCUAUGGCCUCUUGAUGCUGCUGCCGCAGUCAUCUGCGUUUGCAGCGUUGAAGAACCGCUUAAAUAGCGUCAGCGCCAUAGGCUAUUUACACAUUGCUCCACGAAGAUCAUCCCUAACGCCCAGCAGUCAAGCUGGCUCAUCCGCGUCUUCAUUUUCGGACAGGCCGAAUCGACUGAAAGCUCGCGAAGAUGGUGGCAUCAAAUGGAGCGAGCUUCUCGAGAAAUUCAAGGCCGUGCAGGAGAGAGCAAGAAGAGCCCAGCGUCUGGCUAGUCUCGAGGAAGAUGGACUCUCAUCGCCACUUGCCAUGGCUACCUUGCAAGAUCGAAUGAAUCCUCCGGAAGUACCACCCAAAGGGAGUCAUCUGAGGCCUGGAAGUGCAGCUGCGGUUGCUAGGCCACCGCAGAACGUGCCUGCAUCACAGCCAGCAGUACCAGCACGGAACAAGCCGAACUUUGGGAACCUUGGGAGGCUUGCUGGAGGAGUGGCCGGUAGGCGGCAGAAAAAGUAGCAGCUAUUGGACACGAGAUGUGAUGUUUGGCGAUGCAUUCGGUGGGGCGUUCGGUGACUCCUGGGACAACGUUAUGCGAUUAAAUAGCUUCGAAGGCGAGACAAGGCCCUGAGCCUUCGAUAUGCAAUACAAACGACACUUAAUA